AUGGGCAGCCCGGAGGAGAACACGGCCAAGGUGAGCCUGCCGGAGCACCGUGACAACAACAUGACCACCACGAUCGUGCAGCACGAGGUGGAGGGCCUGGAGGUGCAGCUCAAGGACGGCAGCUGGUUCGCCGUGCCCCCCGAGCCGGACACGGUCGUCAUCGUCGCCGGCGAGCUGCUCAACGUAAAGCCUGACAUGCACCCCUCUUCCCCGCUACCGUGUCUGUGUGCUGAACUGUUAAUAAACGUCUGGCUGCAGGUGGUGACCAACGGACGGGUGCGGGCCUGCCUCCACCGCGUCAGGACGCCGAGCAACCGCGAGCGCUUCUCCGCGCUGCUGGGCUGCAUGCCCACCCAAGGCUCCACGGUGCGGGCCAUGGAGCAGCUCGUCGACGAGGACCACCCACUGGUAUACCGUCCCUGCGAUCCCUACGAGUACUGCGCCUUCAAGUACUCGGAGGAAGGCCGCAAAUCCGGCGACGCGCACGCGCUCAUGGCGUUCUGCGGAGUAGCCAAAGAUGGACCCAGCUGUGUGAUGGAUUAACUGACGAAUAUAGACCAAGGACCACGGAAGAAACUCUG